AUGAAUUCGAGAGAGACACAAGAAGCAUCGGGUAAAUCGCAGGUGCCUAAUAGAACAUUGGCAAAACGUAUUUCGUCCAUAGUACAAACCAAAUUGUUCAAAAACCUACAAUCACCUGAUUCUGGUUGUUUAGAAGAACCUGAACCUAAACGAAGGCGACUUAGCGAAGAUCCAAAUAAAUAUUUACCAACAACAGCUUGUGCUAGUACAAACACAGAUUCUUUAUAUUCUCGAAGGUCAACACAAAAACGUAAAAGCGAAGAUUUGUUAAAUGCAACUACAAGUAAAUCACCAGAGGACGCAGUAAAUCGGGUGUCAUUUAAUUUGAAAAGCUCAUUGCGUUCAGAGGAUGAUCCGAAGCCAAAAGAAACUUAUGUAGAUCACAACAGAACGCCAGGAUCGCCUUUCUAUCCAGGUAAUACAACGUAUGGCGGAGAGAACUGGGAAUGCAAUGUUUUCCAAGUAAGAAAUGACAAACGUAACAGCAAAUGCGUGUGCUUUAAAGUUGAGAAACCAGGGAAGAAGAAACCAGAAAUAACAUUUAAUAUUUGUUUGCCAACUACACAAUUUAAUUUAGGAAAUAAUUUAAAUACAAUUAAUUUUGGCCCCAUGAAGUCGGUGAAUUUUGAAAUUGGAAAUAAUAUUAAUUCAACAAAUGUUUUAAAUUUCGGAGGUCCUUCAGGCAAAUGUGAGUCGCUGACAAUCGUUUCGCAGGGUAACAUAACAUCUGCAGGGAAUAAAAUAAAUGGGAACAUUAUAUCGAGUGGUAAUAAUAGCAUACCACAUUUCAACGCAGCAACAAAGGAUGUAACUCAUUAA